AUGACCGAUUUUGAUGAAUACGAGUAUCUGGAGAAGGCGGUAGAGCAGGGAGCCGGAGGGGAAAAGGACGGCGGAGAGCAAGCACCAGAGGGCGAAGAGAGACGGAAGAGGGAGGGUGAAAACGGUGCGGGGGAGGACCAGGAAGACGAGAACCGGAGCAAACGGUCUCGUCGGGACGACGACAAAGAGAGGGAUCGGGACAGAGAUCGCAGCGGGAAGGAUCGCGACAGAGACCGUGACAGGGAGAAGGACAAGGAUCGCAGCGGGAGGGACAAAGAUCGCGACAAGGAUCGGAGCGAACGGCACCGGGACAGGGAUCGCGACCGCAGCGACCGUGGAGAUCGGGAUCGCGACAGGGAUCGGACUCGCGAGCGAGAAGGACACGAUCGGCACAGGGACAGGGACCGUGAUCGGAGGAGAGGAGACAGAGACCGUGAUCACGAGAGGAAGCACAGAGAGUCCGGGCGGGACAGUCGGCGAGAGAAAAAGGACAAGGAAGCGGAGCUAGAGCUCGACCCCGAAAGAGAUCAGCGCACCGUGUUUGCCUACCAGAUCAAUUUGAAGGCGGAUGAGAGGGACAUUUACGAGUUUUUCACUCAAGCCGGCAAGGUGCGCGACGUGCGUCUCAUCAUGGACCGUAACUCUCGCCGUUCCAAGGGUGUCGGCUACAUCGAGUUCUACGACGUCAUGUCGGUGCCCAUGGCGAUAGCGCUAUCCGGCCAGCUGCUGCUGGGGACGCCCGUGAUGGUCAAACCGUCCGAGGCGGAGAAGAAUCUCGCCGCGCAGAACCCGCUGCCCGUCGUCGCGGGGAUGGGGGGCCUCCCGGGCGUGGCUGGCGCGGGGUUCCUGGUGCCGAGCCUCACGGCGUCGUCGCGGAAGCUGCACGUGGGGAACCUGCACGUGAACAUGAACGAGGAGCAGCUCCGUCAGGUGUUUGAGCCGUUUGGGGAGCUGGAGCUCGUGCAAGUCCCCACAGAGGAGUCUGGAAAGUGCAAGGGCUUUGGCUUCGUCACGUAUGCCAAGGUGGAAGACGCUCGGAUGGCCGGCAGCAACCUGCAGGGUCUCGAGCUCGCAGGUCUCGCUAUCAAGAUCACUCCUGUGCCGGACACCUAUGGUGUGGCUGACGCAGUGCAAGCAGUGCCAGGGCAACUGGACGAGGGCGAGGGAGGCAUGGCUCUAACUGCGCAGUCUCGUGCAGCACUCAUGAUGAAGCUCGACCGCACAGGGGUGGCAGGCGCGCCGGUGCUGCCAUCACCAGGAGUGAAUCCAGCAGCCAUGGGGCUUCUCAGCAGCAACCCUCUGGCUGCCAUGGGUCUCCGCCCUCCCAUCCUGCCCCCUGCUGGCGGCGGCCUUGCGUCCAUCCCAGGGGGAGCAGCAGCCGCAGCAGCUGCAGCAGCAGCGCUUGCAGCAAACCCGCUCAUUGCCGCUGCUGCCGCUGCUGGUGGGGGGACGCCGCUGCCCCCUCCUGCUGCCGCGGCCGCUGCUGCUAUGGCGGCAGCAGCUGCAGCUGCUGGUGGUGGUGCUGCGGCUCCAGCAGCAGCAGAGGUGGUGGGGCCGCCCACGGAGUGUCUGCUGCUCACCAACAUGUUCGACCCGUCUCAGGAUAUAGACGAGGAGUUUGAGCAGGACAUACGGGAGGACGUGGAGGACGAGUGCACCAAGUUUGGCCCGGUCAAGAAGGUCAACGUUGACCGGCACAGCAGUGGGCAUGUGUAUGUGCUGUUUGAGUCGGCCACAUCUGCAGCAGCAGCCCGUGCGGCGCUGCACAACCGCUACUUCGCUGGCAAGGCCAUCAGCGCCACCUUCAUUGUGGAGGAGUUGACGAGCGAGGAGGUGAUCGGUGCGCUGCAGCCGCUGAUCGAGGCGCAGCGCUGGCAGCGCAUGGCGGAGGUGGCGCGCGCGCGCACGUUCGCGGUGGUGCCCGUGGUGGAGGGCCUGGCGGACCUCGGGAAUGUCUCCGCCGUGUGCCGCACCGCGGACGGGCUGGGAUACCAGAACGUGCAUGUCAUCACCACCCGCAGCUAUGGGGACGACGCUGCUGCUGCUGCUGCUGCUGGUCCCGCUGGUGCUGCUGGUGCCGCUGGUGGCGCUGGUGUUGCGGGGGAGUGCCUGCAGGAGCUCAAGAGACGGGGUUACCGCAUCGCCGUUACGUCCCUCUCUGAUCGAACUGUGCCCAUAUACGAUGUGGACUGGACGAUUCCCACUGCUAUUGUCUUCGGCAACGAGCACAGCGGUGUGUCAGAGGAGGUGGAGCGAGCAGCGGACGUGGUGGUGAGCAUCCCCAUGGCGGGCAUGGUGGAGUCGUUCAACAUCUCCGUCGCUGCUGCCCUCACCCUGCACCACGCUGCUCGCAUGCGCCUCGCGUCCCUGGGCUAUCACGGGGACCUAUCACCAGAGCAGCAGCGCAUUCUGCUCGCGAACUUCGCCCUGCGUCACCGCGGCUUCCGCUCUCCGCAGUGCCCGUUUCCCGUCUCGCCAUUGCUGGUGGGGUCCGCCGACGCCUCGCUCUCUAGUCCGUCCCGUCGCCUUUCCGUCGCCCUCGCAAACGCACACGCGACGGCCCUCCCGUCGUCGUCACGGUCUCCCCUCCCGGUUAUUCUCCCGUUCACCCCUCUUGUCCCCUCGCCCUCGCGAGUUCCCUCCGAGCCCGUCGCCUUCCCGUUCUCCCGCCCCUCGCUUUCGAUUCGCCCUCCCGUCGCUCUUCCUCUCGCCCCUGCCAUCACCCACCUCUGCGCCGUCACGCUCGUUUCGAAUAGCCCUCCCAUCCCUUCCCGCUGCUCUCGCUCUCUCCCAUCCCUUCCCGUCGCUCUCGCCCUCUCCCAUUCCUACCCGUCGAUCUCGCUCUCUCCCAUCCCUUCCCGUCGCUCUCACCUUCUCCCAUCCCCUCGCCAUCGCGCUCACGUUCCUCGUCUCCCGUACCAUUCGCGCUCGCACAUUCUCAUCCCGUCCCGUACCGUUCCUCCUCUCUCCCCGUCCAUCCCGUCAUUCCUCCUCACUGUCCUCCCAUCCCGUCGUUCUAUCUCUCUCCCUUCCCGUCCCGUCGUUCCUCCUCUCUCCCCUUCCCAUCCCGUCGUUCCCGCUCUCUCCCCUUCCCAUCCCGUCGUUCCGUCUCUCUCCCCUCCCAUUCCGUCGUUCCGCCCCUCUCCCCUUCCCAUCCCGUCGUUCCGUCUCCCUCCCCUCCCGUCCCGUCGUUCCGCCUCUCUCCCCUUCCUAUGCCGUCGUUUCGCCUCUCUCCCCUCCUAUCCCGUCGUUCCUCCUCUCUCCCCUUCCCAUCCUGUCGUUCCCGCUCUCUCCCCUUCCCAUCCUGUCGUUCCGUCUCUCUCCCCUCCCAUUCCGUCGUUCCGCCCCUCUCCCCUUCCCAUCCCGUCGUUCCGUCUCCCUCCCCUCCCGUCCCGUCGUUCCGCCUCUCUCCCCUUCCUAUGCCGUCGUUUCGCCUCUCUCCCCUCCUAUCCCGUCGUUCCUCCUCUCUCCCCUUCCCAUCCCGUCGUUCCCGCUCUCUCCCCUUCCCAUCCCGUCGUUCCGUCUCUCUCCCCUCCCAUUCCGUCGUUCCGCCCCUCUCCCCUUCCCAUCCCGUCGUUCCGUCUCCCUCCCCUCCCGUCCCGUCGUUCCGCCUCUCUCCCCUUCCUAUGCCGUCGUUUCGCCUCUCUCCCCUCCUAUCCCGUCGUUCCUCCUCUCUCCCCUUCCCAUCCCGUCGUUCCCGCUCUCUCCCCUUCCCAUCCCGUCGUUCCGUCUCUCUCCCCUCCCAUUCCGUCGUUCCGCCCCUCUCCCCUUCCCAUCCCGUCGUUCCGUCUCCCUCCCCUCCCGUCCCGUCGUUCCGCGUUCCUCCUCGCCUUGUUCAUCAUUUUUUUUUCCGUUCGUUCUUUUUUUCUCAACUCCCUAUUCUAUCGCCUCGACUACAAGUCCAAAGAAACACUUUUUUCACAUCUCUGCUAG